AUGCCAAGCGGACUCCGGGAACUGGAUGCCAGCCAAUGGAAAACUGGGGAAACCCAGGCCUACCUAAAAGCUGCCAUGUCUACUUCAGAUGGCGAUCCCAGCUUGACAGCAGAGGAGCGAUAUACGCAGUCGCUCACAUAUGGCCUAAUCAUUGGUACAUCGGUCUUGUCGAUGAUUCUUUACACAAGGUCCGUAAUUAUCAAAAAGUUUGGAUUCGACGAUAUUGCUGUCUGCAUCGCGUUGGUGAUUACGCAAUUCUUUAAUGGAUUGGGAAUUGCGGUCGUCUACUAUGGAGAAGGGCGCCACUUUGACAAAGUUUCUAGUGCAGAUAGAGCAACUUGGCUAAAGCUCUAUUAUGCAGCAAUGUGCAUGUAUCUGUACGCUUCACUGUCUGUCAAAAUCAGCUUGCUGUUAUUCCUACGACGGAUAUUCGUCAAAGUCCUAUUUUCGCUCUCCGGCUCUCUCGUUCUAGCCUUCCAAUGUGACCCUCCAAGGGCCGCAUACGACUUGACUAUCAAAAAUCCGAAAUGCUACACGCAGUACAAGCUAUUUCAGAUUGUACUAUACCAAGCAGUGCUUAUUUUCGCAUGCGAUGUUCUCACCUUGCUUGCGCCACUGCCAAUCCUGUGCAAACUGCACAUGCCCAGGAGGAAAGUAGCUGCCUUGCUUGUGAUCUUUGGAACAGGUAUCAUCGCCUGCAUCGCCCCCGUCGUCCGCUUCAGCACGCUGGACUACCUACGCAGAGGCACCACAGACCUUACCUACGACUCAGCAUCAUCGCUAUACUGGAUGUCCAUUGAGUUCAAUCUAGGCCUCGUCGCUGGAUCUCUCUCAUCUCUAAAACCAUUGCCCCUUUUCCGCCGCUUCGGGUCAACCUUAGAUUCAAAAUACAAGGAGUCAACAGGAGAUACACAACAUGAGCUCCACGGUGUGCACAAGAUACAAAUCAUAAAAAGUGGCGGGAAAAAGAAACCUAGCGGGGGAAUGGGGACAACCAUACUGGCGGAAACUGUUAACGAGAGUCAGGAACACAUUUUCACCACAUCUGCCUCGUUCGAGAUUUUGGGACCUACGGACGAAGCAGUCAAGGAACAUAGUGAGUGGUGGGUUUCAAAUGUGACUGACAACACCCUCAAGGCUGCGUUUCGGGAAGUCUAUGAAGUGAUGCUCGACAAUGGCCUUGAUCUUGAGUAG